CAAUCGCUCAAUAAGCAUGCCUAGCCGCUUUGCCAUUUGAACUCGCUUAUUACAUCUUUGUUGUUUGCUUACGUUAAAUAAGGAUGAAACAAUUCACUGUGUGAACACUGUACACAUGUCUGACUAUUAUCGUUACUGGAAAGCAUCCCUCUAUUCAAUCGCGGUAAUAAAGUAUUUGCAUUUAGUCGGUUAUUAUUAAAUAAGUGUGUGGAUGUUUUGUAGUCCACUGUCCAAGCAGGCUUCUAUUGAAUGUGGAAAGGACAAUCAUUUGAUAUCUAUUCAAUCCAUGGAGGAAACUUAUGUGAAAGAUUACACAGAAGUAGAAGCCGAGGAGUAUUUAAGGUAUAUGAACCAAAGAGAUAAAAAUAGAAAAAAAUGUAAUGCAAAUAUAACAGAAGAAUUAGAAGACAGUCUGCAAAGUCUUUAUGUAGAAGAUUUGGCUAAAGUCUAUCGAGAAUGCAGUUUUACUUACAAUCCAAAAUCUAAUGAUUUAUCUAUUCUGUCUAUGAAGGAUAAGAUAAUCUCAAUAAUUGAGACAAAUUCGGUAGUCAUCAUUCAAGGGCCAACUGGCUGUGGAAAGACCACUCAGAUUCCACAAUUCAUUCUUGAUGCUAAUAUUAAGAAGAGACUCAAUUGCAAUAUUAUAGUUACGCAACCAAGACGAAUUGCUGCUAUAAGUAUUGCCAAAAGAGUGAGCCAAGAAGGAAAUUGGAGUCUUGGUAGCCUUGUAGGCUAUCAGGUGGGUAUGCAAAAGGAAACCUCACAUGAAACCCGUCUAACUUAUUGCACCACUGAAAUUCUCCUUCAACAUUUGAUUCACAAUAAACACAUGUUGGACUAUACUCAUGUUAUAUUAGACGAAAUUCAUGAACGCGAUCAAAAUUUGGAUUUUCUUCUACUAGUUGUUAAAAAAUUAUUGCAAACAAAUUCUGGACAAGUCAAAGUUAUUCUCAUGUCAGCAACAAUUAAUGUAAUAAAAUUUGCAAAAUAUUUUUCUUCAAUAGUAGAAAAUGAAUUAAUUCCGGCGCCUAUUCUCAAAAUUCCUCGAAAGAAAAAUUUUGAGAUUCGUACAUAUUAUUUGGAUGAGAUCAAGAAUUUAGGAAGUAUACCAGAAGUAUCUGUCAUGGAACCAAAGAUCACUCAAGAAAUGUUCAAUUUUUGUUCACUUAUUAUCAACGCUCUAGAUGAAAUUGAUAUAAAUGAUAACGAAAAAGAUUUAAAUUCAUCUCAGAGACAUGCCGUUCUCAUAUUUUUACCAGGAAUUUAUGAAAUUGAAGAAUUAUAUAAUUACUUGUCGUCAACUUAUCAUCAGAAUAAAUUAUGGGACCUAACGAUUUUGCAUUCAUUGGUUUCUGACGAUCACGAGCAGCAUCGAGUUUUUCAAAAACCACUGGAAGGUUACAGACGCAUUAUACUUUCCACAAAUAUUGCUGAAAGCAGUAUUACUGUACCAGAUGUAAAAUAUGUGAUAGAUUUUUGUCUUACAAAACUGCUGACAUUUGAUCCCACAACUCAUUAUCAAAGUUUGCAACUAUGUUGGGCGAGUAAAACAAAUUGUAUACAACGAGCUGGUCGCACGGGUCGUGUAAUGGAUGGCAGAGUGUAUAGAUUAGUACCAAAAGCAUUUUUUGACAAUAUUUUGGAUGACUACUGCGUACCAGAAAUACUUCGCGCCCCACUCGCCAAUGUUGUCCUACGAGCCAAAAUCCUUGAUCUCGACGAGCCACGUGUUCUUCUUUCACAUUCUCUUGAUCCACCUACUCUCUCCAAUUUGGCAAAUACCAUUUUGAGCUUAAAAGAAGUCGGAGCCUUAGUAGACGAAGGCGACUCUUUUCAAAUGUUUGACGGAAAUUUAACCGAUCUCGGCAGAGUAAUGGCGACUCUUCCGCUCGACAUUCGAAUUUCGAAAUUGAUUAUGUUGGGGCACAUUUUCGGAGUCUUACGAAAUGCUAUUAUUCUGGGAGCCAGCAUGGCUAUUAAGGAUGUUUUCUCUUUGGAGCAAUGCCAUCCCACUGUUUCUUCCUAUACGACGCGAAAAAAAUGGGCCUACGGUUCUGAUAGUGACUGCAUUGCCACUUUAAAUGUUUACAAGAUGUGGCAGAAUGAAAAAGCAAAUCGGCGGAUAAAUUCUUAUCAAGCCGAGAGACAAUGGGCCCAGAGAAAUGGAUUCCAGACAAGAGCCUUGCGUGAAUUAGAUGCUCUGGUGACCGAUAUCACCAUUAGAUUGCAGAAGUUUGGAAUUAAAGAGAGUAUAGGAGUAAAUAAAGUCAUCUGGCAAGGCGCAAAUCGUGAUUUCGUGCUUCAAGUUGCUCUUGCUGGAGCUUUCUACCCCAAUUAUUUUAUUAAACGUUUACAAAAUCGAGAAAUUUAUAAAGAAAAUAUCACAAUGACCUUGAACUCUUUGGAUCCUAUGAAAACAAUCUAUUUAAGGGGUUGGCCAAUGAAACAGCCUGGAUAUUUAUACGCCAAAAGAUUUCAGGAGGUUUUUGCCAAACAUCAAGGAAUUCUAGAAAAGCAAAUAGAAAUAUCUUUUGAUGGAUCGCAACGUGUUUAUGUGCAUUUUCACGAAAAGGAAACCGCUGAUGAUAGUCUUCAAAAUAUAUCAGAGUUUGUUUAUCAGGUAAUUAUCAAUUUAUUAAAGUGUAAAAAUCUAGAGAAUAAUGUUCCUAAAAUCAGAUCAAAUUUGCCAGGUCUUGAUGUAACUUUUAUACCUCUGUUUAUACAAAAUAUCAUUAGCCCUGGAUCUUUCUGGGCAAUUCUUGAUGAUGAUACUACUCAUAAUGAAUUACGAGUUAUAGAAGAAAUACUCAAUAAACGCCCCUUGAAAAAAUUGCUUUCUAUCCCAAAAAUCUCGACCAUAAUUGCUGCUCCCGUAGAAGAGAAUGAUUCUUUAGUUUAUCAUCGUGCUGUAAUCAAGGAAUAUAUUUCAGAAAUCGGAGAACUGGUCGAUAUUUUAUUUAUCGAUUACGGUCGUUUCUCUAGAAUACGAUUUAGUGAUCUAAGGAAAAUUGAUAGUACUACAAUUUUAGCAAUUCCUCCUUUAGCAUUUCGUUGCAAUUUGGCUUUUUUGCGACCUUCGAAUCGACACAAUCUUCACGGCCAAUGGUCGGAAAGAUCGAAAAAUUAUUUUUUGACACAAAUUAAGAAAACCAAGAAGAUAUUAGGAAAAAUUUAUUCUAUUGUUGAUAGCAUUAUUAAUUUAGAAUUGAUUGUUGUUAAUGAGAAAGAGGAGAGCUUUAAUGUUAAUGAAGCUUUAAUUGAGAAAGGAUAUGCUAUAAAGAGAGAAGAAAAUUAUGUGUCACAGCAUAAUCAUGAAUUAAGAGCAAAUAUUAGUAAUAUUAAUGCAAUGUCGAUAGAAGAGAAACAGUUUUACGAAGAGAAACAAUAUGACAAGCAUGAAUUAAUAGAAUACCCUAAACCACCUAAAGAAGAAGAUUGCACCUCCAGCGUAAAUCUCCAAGGUCCAUUUUCUCCCUUAGAAAUGGAAUUGAUUCAGUUGACGUUAGGUGAAAGAAUGAAAAAGAUAAAUGUAGAUAUGAAGUCCGUCAAUUCUGUCCUUUUGGAUGAUGAUCUUAAUCAAUCAAGACGUCUUUUAAUUGCCCAAAGCACUACACAGUCGAAUAAAAAUUAUCUAACACUGAGAAAUACCACUUUCUUGCCAAAUAUUCCUGGACUUGCAGCACUGCUCACGCUGAGUUUUGCACCGCGUAUGGAAUUGAGAUGUAAUUCUCGGAGGACUUAUUAUACAGGGGCUUUAUGCGGUUUGGGUCCGAAGGAUAAUUUCACUAAUCGGGCUAUAUUUCCCGAUCAUGACAUAGAAAUUCAAUUUGACGUUGAAAUCACGAUAGAUGAUGUGAAAGAGAUAAAUAAAUUACGCCACUGGAUGAAUACUGCAAUGCAACUAGAUAACUCUAGUGAUGAGAAUAUUAUACUUUAUCAAAAUAAAAUUAAAAACAUCUUACUUGAACUAAAAGAGAAACAAAGACAAUCACGAAAUCCAGAAGAUGACGAGGUCGAUCAACUUAGCGAUAAGUGGAAUCGCUAUAACGGACCACAUUUUUUGCCAUCCGUUCGAGAAAAUGUGAGAAAAGGCGACAUAUAUCCGCUACAUAAGGCGUUGGAAUUACGUGAAAUAAAUGAACAGAUGGAGGAAAUGCUGAAGCAUCUGUCACAAUUACAGAAUCUUGCCUAUGAAGAUGCAAAUGUAGUGGGAAACGUGGCUGCUUUUUGUAAAUUAUGUGAAACGGAAACGUUUGGCCUAUUGCAGCUACGCAAUCAUCUUUAUUCAGACCAACAUGCAGAGAAUGAGAAACUGUUGCGCCGUCAAUCAUAUUAAGAGAUUGCAAUAUAAUUUUUUUUAAUUUGGACUUUCGUUAAUCUCCAAUCCUAUUUCAAAAUACAAAAAAAAUGUUUUUGCAUAUUAUUUUUUUACUCGCUUCAUUCUAUGGAUUAUAUAUAACAAUUAUACAUGUAUCGAAUGUUGAGAACAAUUCUGGUUUAAAGAAAUGCUGUCUCAGGAUAAAAGGAUAUUCAUAAAAUAGAAACAAUCUAUUAUAUUUAAUAUUUGAAGUAUUUUAUGUUUAUGUACAAUAAUAAUAGUUUUUAGCACGCGCACGCGCGAGACAGAUAAUUUGUGAUAUUAUGAAUAUAUAAAAAAGUUUGUUUACAUUUGUUGUCUCUAUUUUACACAGAUAACAUUCAGUUUUGUUAUUUUUCCAUGUCAGUUCUCUUGAAAGAACAUUUACACUUAUUAAGACAUCGUUUCUGUUGUCAUGCAGUCACUUCGUCGAAGU